UUAACAAAAAUUAAUUUUACAUCGUUUAAGAACCGCCACCCGAGAAGAGCAAGAACACUCGACGGAGAGAACCGGGAACAGAGAGAAUCGUGAGCAGAGAGAACCGCGACCAGAGACCGUGACGACAGAGCAGAGCACGACGCACCAACACGCAGCGAAACGACGGUGAUUUUGGCGUGACCGGAGAGGAGAAUGACUCGGCGCAGCCAAUAGAGACCAGAGCAGAACCCUAAUCCGCGAGGUGGAGUAGAAGAACGAACCUAAUCGCGCUUUAGGUUCCAGGGGGAGCAGAACAAGAGCAGGGAAUGAUGAAUAACUGCUUGAUUGUUCACAUCCCGGACAAGCAGCCAUAUGACCUUCACCACCAACCCACUGAGAGUGUUUUUGCUUCUGCCAUCAACCCUAAGCAUGCCAACCAAAUUGUGAGGCGUUUGAAUCAGAUAGCACCACUCGAUGAUCUCCGUCAUGUGAAACGAAUUCAAAAGAAAGUUCUUGAAGGAGGAGAAAUACAGCUAUUGGUGAUCUUGUGCUUGGCCUCUGAAGGCCAAGAUCAGCUGGAUAGUAUGCCACCUCAUCUUCAGGAGAUGAUUAGUUCCUAUCAGUUGAGUCCUUUUAUCACAAAAGUCUGCAAGUAUGUUGCAACAUCAAAAGAAGAGUGGCAAGAACAAUGCAAAUUUUGGCCAACAUCAUAUCACCCAAGGACCUACAACAUUGAUGGCAUUACUGGAUUUAGCGAGGAGGACUCACAAUCAGUUUUGAAGUUUAUGCAAUCGGCUGUUGAGUUGGCAAAAUCUAACGGCUUGGUAGUCAAUGCUGCAGUGAUUGUGGAUCCUUCAACUAAGGAAAUCAUUUCAAGUGCAUGUGAUCAGAUUUAUUCUUGGAACUCUUGCAUAGAUGACAGCUGUAAUGGAAAGCCGGAAUCAUUUUGUUCCCAUCUGAAUAUUUCUAGUAGAUGUGAUCCCCAUGAACCAUUGCAUUCAAACAGUUCCUCCAAUAGGCUCAAACAGCCAUGUACAGGUGCUGCUUGUUUAUAUACUCGGCAAUGGGCUGAGCAACCACCUCAUUCUCACAGUUCAUAUUAUUGGCACCCUUUGCGACAUUCUGCCAUUGUAGCUAUAGAAUCAUCUGCUGCCAGGGAUAGAAACCUUUUUCCCAGCGAGGGGAGCAACGAAGCAAGUUAUCAGGAAUUGGAUAGUGAGAAUGCUUCUUGGACUAGCUCUCCUGCAAAGAGACAGAAAACUGUGUGUGGAAAUGGUGAGGACGAUCAUAAAUUGAAUGCUUGCAGUCAGGCUUCUGGGCAGCCGUCAGCGCGACCGUACUUAUGCACUGGCUAUGACAUAUAUCUUGUUUGGGAACCAUGCGCAAUGUGUGCAAUGGCCCUUGUCCAUCAGAGAAUUAGAAGAAUAUUUUAUGCUUUUCCAAAUCCUAAUGCGGGUGCCUUGGGCAGUGUUCACAGAUUACAGGGAGAGAAAAGCUUAAACCAUCAUUAUGCUGUUUUCAGGGUUUUGUUACCUGAAGAAGACCUUGCAUAAGUGUUAUGUUUAAGUUGCAGAGACUAUUUAUUUCUGAAUUUUGAAUGGCACUGUUUUCUAAUUCUUUGGACUACUUUCUGAUAUUAGUGACAAGUAUGAAAUGCGAACGGGAAUUCUUCUGAUUUAUUCUUUCUAA